AAAAGUGAGAUAGAGGAGCCGCGAGACGAGCCGAGUCCUGGUGACGUCAUGGGGGGAAAGAAGAAGAAAUCGGCGGCGGCGCAGGGAGCCCCGGCCAGCGCCGCUGCACCGGACAACGGCGUGGCGGAAGACCCGAAAAAACAGCCAACCGGCAACAAACCGAGCAAACCAGCGAAAGAAAACAAGCCUAAAGCUCCAAAGACCUACAGUCUUGCCAACACUUCCCAGGUCGACACAAGUGGAGUGUCAGACAAAUCUAUACUUAAAGUCGCUAUCCAAGCUGACCUGGAGAGAAAGAUCAUCAAACUGAUCAAUGACUUCAGAGAGGAGAAUGGAGACAAAGGGCCGAUAUCAGGCAGGCUAACGAGCAAGAAGUUGCUGGACCUGUACACAGCUCUGCAGAGGUUCAACUUUAAGAGGGAACACAUCGAAGAGGCGAUGAAGAGUAGUGUGCUGUACGGAGGGGAUCUCCUCUCUGCCCUCGACUGGCUCUGCCUCAACCUCAAAGAUGAGGAGCUGCCUGAGGGUUUUAGCCAGCAGUUGCAGGAGGAGAAUCAGAAGAGCAGGCCCAAGUAUCAGCCGCCGGCUCAACAGAAACCCGCAGAACAAAGCCCCAUAGCACCAAUCAACACCCGCAAAGAGACAGCCAAGACCACAGAAAAGGAUGAAGCUGCCAGUAUGAAGGACUGGAUUUUAAGGUACGCAGAGCAGAGCAGUGAUGAAGAAGAGGAGGAGGAGGAGGAGGAAGUAGGAGGGAGGAAGGCUGCACGCAAUCCAGAAUUGGACGAAAAGUUUGAUCCGAAUGACAGGUAUUUGAUCCUUACUGCUCAACUGUAUGACGCCAAAGAAAUGGCAGUUACUUCAAAGUCAAAAGGUGACAAGCAGGGCCAGAGGAUGGCGCAGGACAGGAUCCGCAUCAUACAGCAAGAAAUGAAGCAAAUGGAGUCCCACCCUAUGUUCAAUCCAGCUUUAAAAGUGGUAGACGCGCCUCAAAAGGAGAAGAAAACACCUCGUGUGAGUGAAGACAAAGAGGACCUGAGCUUUAACCUGUUUGAACAAGCUGAGAAGGCUCCUCCUGCAGAGAAAGUCGUGAAAAAGAAUGAACCAAAAGACAUUCGUAACUUCGACUACACGGCCCGCAGCUGGACUGGCAAGUCCCCCAAACAGUUUCUCAUAGACUGGGUCCGAAAAAACCUGCCCAAGAGUCCGGCGCCCGCUUUUCACAAGGUCGCUGCUGGUAAAUACUGGAGGUGCAAGGUGCGAGUUCAGAGGCCUGAUGAUGCCCUUGAAGUCUGUCCAACAAUCCUGACUGAGGACAGCAUGCAGGCUCAACACCUAGCAGCCACACUGGCCCUCUACACUCUGAUUAAAGGACAGUCGGUGCACCAGCUCCUCCCUCCCACCUACAGAGACGUGUGGCUCGAGUGGAGAGACAGCGAGCAGCAGCAGCAGGAAGAGAGCCGCACUGCCGCCAACAAACCCAGAGACCAGUUCAUCUCCCGACUUCUGACCAGACUCAAGCAGCAGCAGAACCAGAACCAAGGGCAGGAGUCUGGAUCCAGUGGCCAGCUGGGGCAGGGUAGCGCCAUGGACGAAGAGCCUGAGGAGUCCUGGGAAAACCUGGCUGGUCUUGAUAUGGGGGAGGGAGGAGAGGAACAGGAGGACAAGAGCGAGAAAAGAGGAGCGAGGAGGGAAGCGGCACUUGAGGCGUCCAGAGAGCUCCUGAAGAAGCUGAAGAAGUCCUCACUGGCUCAAAAACUGCAGGUAGAGCGAGAGAAGCUUCCAGUCUUCCAACACCGGCACCGGGUCCUGGAGGCUCUGCAGCGCCACCCUGUGGUGGUGGUGGCAGGUGAGACGGGCAGCGGGAAGAGCACCCAGAUUCCUCAGUUCCUCUUGGAGGAGCUGUUAACAGGAGGCAAAGAAGCGAAACCGUGCAACAUUGUCGUGACACAGCCACGCAGGAUCUCUGCCAUGAGCCUGGCCUGCAGAGUCAGCCAGGAGCUGGGGUGCGAGGACGGACCGGGAUCCAAGUCGUCGCCGUGUGGAUACCAGAUUCGUAUGGAGAAUCAGUCCGGGGAGUGGACCCGCCUGCUGUACUGUACAACUGGAGUUCUGCUUAGGAAACUACAGCAUGACAGACACCUCAGCUCCCUCACUCACAUCAUAGUAGACGAGGUCCAUGAGCGCAGCGUGCAGUCAGACUUCCUGUUAACCAUCCUGAAAGAUGUUGUUAUGAGGAGAUCCGACCUGCAGCUGAUCCUCAUGAGCGCUACAGUGGACUGUGACAAGUUCUCCAACUACUUCAACCGCUGCCCCGUGAUCUCCAUCCCUGGCCGGACUUUCCCAGUUGAUGUGUCACACUUGGAGGACAUCGUGGAGGAGAUUGGCUACGUCCUGGAAAAAGACUCGGAGUACAGCCAGAAAAUUCUAGAAGAUGAAGAGGAGGUCAGCAUCUCCGUCACACUAAAAGGUGGAAAGACGUCACAGCACCAGGAGGUUAUCGUGAGGGACUCCUCUUCAGGCUGGGACCUGGGUCCAGAUCUGGACCACUUUAGCAGCAGAACUCGGCAUGUGCUGCAGCACAUGAACCCCAAUAAGAUCAACAUGGACUUACUGGUGGACCUCAUUGACUACCUAGACAAAUCUCCACAAUUUGUGAAAGUGGAAGGAGCCGUCCUCGUGUUUCUCCCGGGUCUGGCCCACAUUCAGCAGCUCUUUGACCUGCUCACUUCAGACAAGAGGUUCAAGGACAAAAACAGGUACAAAAUUGUUGCCCUUCACUCGACUCUGUCUUCGAAGGACCAGUCUGCUGCCUUUACAGUGCCACCUGCUGGAAUCAGAAAGAUCGUUUUGUCGACCAACAUCGCUGAGACAGGUGUGACUAUUCCUGACGUUGUGUUUGUGAUCGACACUGGAAAGACGAAAGAAAACAAGUACCACGAGAGCAGCCAGAUGAGUUCUCUGGUGGAGACUUUUGUUUCCAAAGCGAGCGCCCUCCAGAGGCAGGGCAGAGCGGGACGAGUGAAAAACGGCUUCUGCUUCAGACUUUACCCAAAAUUCAGGUUUAAUGCCUUCAUGGAUUACUCCAUCCCAGAGAUACUGAGGGUCCCACUGGAGGAGCUCUGCCUUCAUAUUAUGAAAUGCCAGUAUGGCUCCCCAGAGGACUUCCUGAGCCGGGCCCUGGAUCCUCCUCUGCCGCAGUCUGUCAGCAACGCCGUCAACCUGCUGAGGAAGAUCGGAGCGUGUCACCCCAACGAUCACACCCUCACUCCCCUGGGACACCACCUGGCCAGUCUACCUGUAAAUGUGAAGAUCGGCAAGAUGCUCAUCUAUGGCGCCAUCCUCGGCUGCCUGGAGCCCAUAGCAACCAUUGCAGCAGCCAUCAAUGAGAAGUCUCCUUUCUCCACACCGAUGAACAGGAAGGACGAAGCCAACCUGGCCAAAGCUGCUCUGGCAGUCGCAAACUCGGAUCACCUGACAAUAUACAAUGCAUAUCUCGGGUGGAAGAACUCACAGAUUGACAGAACAGAAAUGUCCUACUGUAGGAAACACUUCCUCAACCGUACAGCUCUCAUUACAAUAGAGGAUGUGAAGCAUGAGCUGAUGAGGAUGAUGGAGCAGGUGGGUUUCUGGUCGUCUCGCUCCUCCUCCUCCUCCUCAUCUCGCUCCAAGCCGCAGGCGCCGAAGCUGUCAAGGCAGCAGAUCUCCGUCCUGAACGCAGUGCUGACGGCCGGGCUGUACGACAGCGUGGGCCGGGUCUUGUGCACCCCGUCUGUGGACGUUCUGGAGCGUGUGGUCUGUACGGUGGAGACACCUCAGGGUAAAGCUCAGGUCCACCCCUCGUCAGUGAACCGCAACCUGCAGACCCACGGGUGGCUUCUGUACCAGGAGAAGGUGAAGUACACUAAGAUCUACCUGCGGGACACCACCCUGAUUCCUCCUUUCCCCUUGCUGCUGUUUGGAGGUGACAUCGACAUUCUGCACAGAGAGAGGCUCAUCACACUCGACGGAUGGAUUCACUUUCAGGCUCCCGUACGGAUUGGUGUCAUCUUCAAACAAUUGAGAAAGCUAAUGGACACUUUGCUUGAAAAGAAGCUGGAGAACCCCAGGAUGAAUCUGGAAGGCGAAAGGACCAUCCAGCUGAUCCUGGAUCUGAUCCAAUCAGAGCACUCUGUGUGAUAUUGGACCACAAAAGAACCUGACUGCCACUGAAGAACCUGCAGACCAGUACUUUUUUUUGUUUUUUUCCUCACACAAUCCUCAGACCUCUGUGUCCCGUAGUCCUGGGGACAAAAAUGCUUCCUCUUCUCUUGCUCUGAUUUUGCAGGAUGGACAUCCCCAGCAGACUAAGGUGAACUGAUCGAUAUCAGGAACUCUUACUCACAUUGAGGUGGACUGUAUCAUAAUGUAAUGCUUAAAGUGCAUGCUGAAAUCUGAACACAUUAAGAGAAAACUAUGCUGUCAAAGGUGAUGGAAUAAAAGUGUAUACAUUUUAUUAAAACAUGUCAUUGUGA